GAGAAAGAAAGAGAGAGAGAGAGAGAAAUACAGAGAUAGAGAAAGAGAGAGGUUUGAGAUUCUCUUUUUUCUUUUUUUUUGGAUUUUGUGAUCAUUAGAGGGGAAGAGUUACGUAUCGAGGAAGAGUAUCGAAUUGUUUGGAUCGGAGGAGAGGAGGAGGGAGCCGAUGUUUGGUAAAAACAGGAAAAAAUGUCGGGUGAGACAGAGGGAUAGUUUCGUGGCAAGUUCAAGGCUGAGAAGAUUUGCGCGGUCGGCAAACUGGAUUCAUUGAGCGUGAACAAAUUGAGUGUCGAGAGUGCGUGCUCGCCUGGAUGAAGUUGCACCGAGUUACUGGAUGAUAGAGGGAUAGAGGAAUCGUUACGAUAGACAGGUGGCUCGGAAGAGAGGAAAAGAGGUUUUCAAAAGUGCGGGGAGAGACUGAGACGUCUCUGUAUCGGAUUCACUUUACUCCAGGCUUUAACUGUCAACCGGUCUACCGAACGAAAUUCGACAGAAAUCACAAAAAAUGGCUUUAAUAUGGUACAUUGGGAUUAUCACAAUCCUAGUUAUAGACAAAACACAGGCAGAUUUUAAGGUUUCAACUCAAGAUCUAACUGUUCAUUUAAAUAGUCAAGAAUCAUUUGAUUUGUACCUGACGAAAAUGUUAUCUGAAGAUGUAGUUGUAAAAUUCGAAGUGCAACAUCAAGAUUUAGUUCAUAUAAGUCCAGACGAAUUAAAAAUUAAUAAAACUGAUACACAGAAGACAUGGCCUAUAACUGUAAAAGGUCUCAAUGCAGGACAUUCAAUUGUUAGUGUUAAUGUCAUACCUAACAAUGUUUUAAAUUUUUCAGAUGCAUUUGUUAGAGUGACAGUUGAAAAAUCAGAUAUACUUUAUCACAUAAGUAUUGUGGUAGGAUGGUUUUACUUUCUAGCUUGGAGUGUGAGUUUUUAUCCACAAAUAUAUAGUAAUUACAAACGCAAAAGUGUUGUAGGAUUAAAUUUUGAUUAUUUAUCAUUAAACUUAGUUGGUUUUAUUAUGUAUGCACUUUUCAAUUGUGGUCUGUUUUGGAUACCAAUAGUUGAGCUUGAAUAUUUUAAAAGAUAUCCAAAAGGUUUGAAUCCUGUACAAGUGAAUGAUAUUUUUUUCGCAUUGCACGCAACAUUUGCGACUGUGAUAACUAUUAUUCAAUGCUUUAUUUAUGAGAUAGGAAAUCAAAGAGUAUCUACUACAGCACGUGUUAUUCAUGGAAUAUUUAUAGUUUUUAUUUUAAUUUCUAUAAUAUUAGCUAUAGCAAAUGUAAUAACGUGGCUUGACUUCCUAUAUUAUUGUAGUUAUGUUAAAUUGAGUAUAACAUUAAUUAAAUAUGUUCCACAAGCAUUUUAUAAUUAUAAAAGAAAAUCCACUGUUGGUUGGAGUAUUGGCAAUAUAUUUUUAGAUUUUACUGGUGGUAUGUUAUCAAUGCUGCAGAUGAUACUCAAUGCAUAUAAUUACGAUGAUUGGGAAAGUAUUUUUGGAGAUCCCACAAAAUUUGGUUUGGGAUUCUUUUCGGUAGCAUUUGAUAUAUUUUUUAUUAUACAACACUAUGUUUUGUAUAGAGUAGAUAAUGAGAAUGCAAGAAGUACCGAAAUACUGCAUAAACAAGAGAAUUCAUAUGACGAAGAUUCGGGGCGAUACCUAAAAGAUACGUAUUGUUGUGGUUUUCUAAGUAGAGUAUCAUAAACAAAUAUAAUUUAUGAAAUUUCAUUUCAAUAGAAAUGAAAAUUCAGAGCUCAGUAUUUAAAACAUUUUAAUACAUAUCGUUAUCAUUAUCGUAUAACGCUAGAUAUACAAAAUUUACAUUCCAUUCAAAAUUUUGUAAUAUGUUUUUUUGUAAAUGAGAUUAUUUUAUUUUUAAAUGUUCUAACGAAUCUCAGUUGGUUGUUUAUUGUGCAAUAAAAAAAAAAUCCUUGCUUAAUAGUUGGAACUGUAUUAACAUGCUAAACGAUAUUAUAUAUAUAUAAAAUAGAAAUUAUUAUUUUCUAUUUUUCAUUGAAUAAUUAUAAAUAUUUAUCCAAAAUUUUUAAAAAUUAUUGAAAACUGUGAUUAUUCAUUGUUUUACAUUUGUGUACUUAUUUUGAAACUAUAAUAAAAAUUAUUUGCAUGUUUUUAUGCAUUUUAGUCUAAUGAUAAAUUAUAUAUUAUGUAGUUUAAUAAAUAUUUAGAAAUCUAUUAUAUUUCAAAAUUUUAAAUUAUAGCUCGUAUCUUGAUGCUGCAAUUAAAGCAUGCAGCAUGUAUUAAAUCUGUUUUAUAUUAAAGAUAAAUUGUAAUAAAAUAUAACAAUGUGACUUUUUAUAUUUAAUCAUUGUAAAAAGUUUUUAUAAAUUCUAUAAUGAUUUUCAUUAUAGUCGAAUUUCUAUAAAGUGAAUCAAUAAAAUAUUUUGCCAUAAUUGUUUUGGUAUAAAAAUAUUGGUUUUAAUAUUUUUAAACCAUAAGAAAAUUAAUAUUUAUAUAAAAGAUGUAUGACAAUUUGAAGUAUAUCUGUUCUUGCAUGGUAUGUAUGUGCGUUGUUUGUGUGUGUGUUUAUGUGCGUAUGUGUGUGUGUGCGACGUGUGUAUGCGUAUGAGUGUAUUUUAUUGUAUUAAAUUUACUAACAUCACUAAUCAAACUAACAUUGUUUUGCAAUGAGCGAAAGCUAAGAAAAAAAUAAAUAUCAUAAAUGUAGAAUCAUUCA